AUGGCUCAUCAAAAACACAACAUCUACUGGGUUGCGCUGACCUCGUGUCUCAAAGUCCACGCUCCAGAAGUGCCUACCAAAGAGAGGCCAAUCAACCUUUACUUUCGAUUCAAGGACAACCAGGACAAGAAGAUCAGCCAUUUCGUGACUUCGUUUGUGAACAACAUCAAGAAACACACGGCAUGCGAGCGGAGGAAGUAUCCCGAUACAUUCGAUAUACCAGAUAAAGAUGAUCUGAUACUGGGAGACGACACAACACAAAAAAUAACUCCGCUCGUACACAAAUGGCGCGAGACUUACGAGUGGGACUUGGCAUCAAAACCACGCAAGAAGGAAACACCACCACUCCGAAAACUAUGCAACCAUGACAAUGGAGAAGGCUUUGAAUGUGGAUGCGUUAUCCCACUUCGGGAAAGAAAAGCCUCUGCGUUCCUGCGACAGCAUUAUUCGAAUGAUUGCUACCAAUUCUUUGCGACGAAUACAGAGGCAUUCUACAACAUCGAGGUGGUCAAGACGCUCCUUUUGUAUGGAGAGAUGGAACCUAUUCUUCGUGUUUGUGUGCACCCGGAUGUUGAUUAUGCGAACUGGGAAAGUCAGUGUCAAUGCUAUUGCAUGGACCACGAUGCCGGCUGGGAUACCGUCUAUGAAGCAGCAAUAAAUGCCUAUCUGACCCUCAACAUCCUGUACUCUUUCCCCGAAUUAUGGGACCCUGCCUCAUCAUCAUCAAGCAGGCCGACAGACUACAGAUCCACAAAGCUAUACCAAGUGAUGCUCCGAUUCUGUACCUGGUCCAACUGCACGUCCGAAGUAGCAAAGUACCCGCACAGAGCAUUCUUCGGCGUAGGCGACCAUCAAUUUCAUAGCUGGCCUCGUAUGGAUCCCGUCUUCGAACUAAAAUAUCUGCCCCCUAGUAAUUCCGACGAACGACGUAGAUUCGGAAACGUCGAGUUUCCGUAUGGUCAAGCGCCGAUUCAGGAAUUUCUUAACGCGGAGAAACAUUCUACUGGCUACUUGCCGGAUGGAGCGGCAGUUGCAUUUGCUAAAAACAUAUUGUAUAGCAAUAGACUGCCCACGGAAUUGGUUGAUGAUGUGAUGGAACAGGCAGAUUAUACGGUCAAACGCAGGCUGGUGUACCCGGAUGAUCCGUUUCAUGCGGGGAAUAAGGAGGAGUUGCAGAAGUAUUUGAACAUGCCUCCAAGCAGUAGCGAGCCUCAGGAUGUCAUCAUGACCAACGCCGAAGAUGAGGCUGGUAACAUCUUUGACGAGAUGCUCGCCGAAAUGGAGGGUGAAUGGGGCUCACAAGACCCGUUCAUGCUUCAAAACGAGGUCCAACCAGAGAACUACAUUGACCCAGCACUCUUCGCUCAGUCGCUAGGCAUGCCUAACGUUUUUGGUGCAUCUCCUUCAGCCUCUGAAUCACCAACUCGUCAGGAACAACUGGCCUACCCCUUUGCUGUAACCACAGGCCCUGUCCGUCCAGCAGGAMAAGCCACUGUCUCGACACCUGUUCGUCAGCAAGCAAGUUCCAGUGCUGCUUCGUCUGACUACUCUCCCUCUUCUACUGGUUUGCACACCCCAUCACGCAGAGACAGAGGUCAUUACGGUCCAGCCAGACGUCGUACAGGCGCUCUGAGCAACUUUCAGCCUAUUGCCGCUAGUCCUCAACGUGAAUCUGCGCAGGCCAACACAGGAUACUCCUUCGAGCCAAUUCCAGAGCAUCAACAGGGCAUUUUGAGCCCCGGUAACUACAUCAACGAGGAUAUUCCAGAGUUUAGACCUCGAAGAGUGACCCCUGAGCCUGAAAACAGGUUCAAUUUCCCUCAAAACCUUGGCUCACCUUGUCUCGUGGCUGAUCCUGGGCCGGUCGAGGGUGUUGGUGGUGAGUUUGAUAGUCAGGGGACCGAGCCUGACUCCUCUCAAGAGAUGGCACAGUUGCACAACGCUCUUCAAUACUCAUAUCAGUACCCUGUUGCUUCCUCGGCAUAUACGCUCGGGAUCGCUUUUCCGAAUCCUCCUCUCAGUCAAGCAACCGUUGCAGAUGCGAGUGCGAAUCAACAAUCUGCUGAUUACUUACACCUCGCCCCUCAGAAUGCAAACGAGGCAACUGCAAAUGCUCUUCCCAACUAUGUUCCUGUGGCCACCUCGAAUACUAUUGUCGAAGCAAAUGCGACUGUGCCCACUGCGAAUCCUAACCGGGGCACGCCACAAAGUACUAAGCGUGCAAGAAAGAAUGCGAACAACACUCAGAACCCCGCUCUUCCUGCAACUGUCAAUCAACCAGCGUCUGCUCAGCAGCCAGGAUCUAUGAACCAGCCCGCGCCUCCACCUACCACUCAGCUCACAUCUACCAGCCAGACUGGAGCUCCUAGUCAGCUUGCGCCCCCUACCGUGCCUGCGUCCACCAGCCAGCUCGUGUCUACCAAUCCAGCACCCAACAAGCAUUCGGCCAAAGCUCGUGGCAGAAAAGUCUCCGCCGCUCCUGAUCUUACCGUCCAAGAAAAGAUCACGCAAUUUUGGAAUGGCCGCCGAGACAAGACUGGAAAAGAGCUUGAACCUUCUUUGCUGUGCCAUGGCAGCGCGGACAAAUAUCAGCCACAGCUUCGUAUCGAAAAUGCCACAGCGACCGAAUCCGGCUUCGCUCAAUACACCAAGGAGCCUAAUGAACAUCAUCCCAAACUGUCGGAAGAUCUCCCCGACCAAGGCCAACCCCAUUCCGAACUCAUGCUGUAUAGCCAAGUCAUGAACCAGGAGAACUGCGAGACGCCCGUGUACUCAGGACAAGUCCUGGUAGCGUCCUACGAUAUGAAAUCCAAUUGGUGGCACAAAGUCAACAUUUGGGCAUUCGGCCGUGACAAUCUUGCGCGUUAUCCUGAUGAAAUUGCAGUUGUCAUCACUCCAUUCCACAUCAUAUUCGGUCGGAUUCCGCACACCAACAACCUCGAAAUCUUGACAAAUGACUGGCUCUCAUUGUUGGGCCUAGCAGAGAAGACCUUCAGAACCCCAGUCGUUGGCGCCGAGGAGAAGACUUGGGCGUACAUGUAUCGAAUCGUGCCGAUUACAGCGGAGGUGCAGAAAGAUAUCGAUAACCAUGAAGAACACCUAAUCAAAUCGAAGAAGUUCCUCAAUGACUUGGGUGUCAAUACUGUGUACAGUAAGAGAUUCAGUCAUCAGGCUUUCUUUGUUCCUCCAGUGGGAAAAAGCCUUGGGAACCAUGAAUUUGGGAUCAGAGUCGGCCGUUUCGGAAAAGAGGGCCAAUUUGACCGUCUUAGAGUCGAGGUUCGUGACAUAGUGGGGCGACGUCUUCUUUGGGAUUGA